GCUCCUCACACAACACCUAAACUCAACGCUUCUCCCCCUCCUCCUCUCUCUCCCAUCAUCAAGCAUCCUCAUCAACAGUUUCUUGCAACAAUUCCAUCCUCGGUUCGAAUAACCAGUCGAUAUCUGAAAGCAUGAGGUUUUCUUUCGCUUCUGCCCUUGUGGUGGCUCUGGCCGCGGAGUCUGCCGUCGCCAGCACCUGGUUUGGCAAGGCUGCAUACAACAAGUGGCACGAGACCGAGCUCGAGAGAUGGCUCUCUGACCACGACGUCCCCUACCCCACUCCUGCAGAUCGCAAGGACCUUGAGAACUUGGUCAAGGAGAACUGGAACUCCAAGGUCGCACAGCCCUACAACAGCUGGGACACGAAUCAGCUCCAGUCGUACUUGAGCACCAAGGGCGUUCAGGCCAAGAAGGGUGCCGAGGAGAACAAGGACAGCUUGCUCUCUCAGGUCAAGUCCUACUGGUACGAGACUGAGGAACAGGCCAGCGAUUCCUACAACAGCGUCAAGGACUGGGUCUUCGACAGCUGGACCGACUCUCAGUUGAAGGCUUUCCUUGAUCGCCAUGGAAUCCCUAGCCCUCAGCCCCGCACUCGUGAUACCCUCCUCAAGUCUGCCCGCGAGAACUACCAGUCCGCCGCGAGCAAGGUUGGCGAGACUGCUGCUUACCCUGGCAACUGGCUCUACGAGUCUUGGUCUGAGUCUGACUUGAAGGCUUGGCUUGAUGAGCGUGGCUACCCGGCUCCUCAGCCCAGCACCCGUGACAAGCUCAUCGCCUCUGUUCGUCGCAACUCUCGCCUUGCCAGCGAGCACAUGAGGGCCGCUGCAUCUUCUGCUUCCGCUUCUGCCUCCGGUGCUCAGCAGAGCCUCACUGACUCGCUUCUCGACGCCUGGUCUGACACCCAGAUCAAGGAGUGGUGCGACAAGAACAACAUCAAGGUUCCCCAGGGCUCCAAGCGCAACGAGCUCAUCGCUCUUGCCCGCAAGCACCGCGCCCAGCUCACUGGUGACCGCCUCGACUCUUCCGCUUCCUCCGUCUUCGGUGCUGCCACUUCUUCUGCUGGCAACCAGUACGCUAAGGCUACCGAUGAUGCUGCUUUGAAGAAGGACCAGGCUGCUGGCGCCGCUGGUUACUACGUUGACUGGAUCAAGUCCAAGCUUGGUCUCGCUGCUUCCCAGGCCUCUGUCAGCGCUACUAGCGCUACCGAUGCUGCUGGCGCAUCUGCUAGCUCUCUCGGAAGUGUUGGCGGUGCCAGCGCUAGCAGUGCUUCUUCUGCUGCUUCUAAGAGCGCUAAGAGCGCCGCUUCCCAGGCCUCCAAGGAUGCGAAGAGCUCUGCCUCUAGCGUCAAGUCUGCCGCUUCGAAGUCCAGUGGCGCUGCUGGUGAUGCUGCCACUGAGAGCCUCUCCUCUGCCAAGCACCGUGCCAGCGAGGCUGCUCAGCGGGCUACGGAUGCUGUGAAGGAGGAGUUGUAAGCAAUUUAACUCGACAACCUCGAGGAACAAAAAGAUCCGUAGGACAACUUCAGGAUCAGUGAGAAAGGAUGCCUGGAUUCGGAUGGAAUCCGGGAGUGAUCACGCGACAUGAGUUUAUGACCACUGGGAAUCCAGCGAGAUGGCCUUUCUGAAGGUCAUGGGGAACGAGGAUUCGACGACGGCGCCUGUGUACUAUUAGACGACUACUGAAAAUUGCAUGGCUUAAUUGGCAUCUGACAGGUGGCAUCGAUUCGGCGUGCGUACGUUAUCCCUUAGGUCGAUGCUAAUACGAAGUUGAAAG